GUAACUGGUGAAACGUCUUCUAUUUGAGGAUUUGAUUUGAUUAUGCCUUUUCUUAUGAUCCUUCCUUUUACUUUUGACUCCGUAUUUCACAUAUCCACCAUCAGUUUUAUCUAGCUUUGAGAAUUUAGAUGAGUCCCCUGCCAUGUGUCUCGAGCAACCAUUGUCAAUGUACCAGUCAUCUGUUUUAUUCAUAUUGCUCAGACAUGCCUGCAGCACAAGAUUACGAUGGUGAAAAGGUGCCGCCAGCUGCACCAGCCCCAGCAAUAGAAAGCUGCAAUGGGAUUUUCUUGUCGUAUCAGUUCCUUUCCAGGACAAAAGAAUAUCCCCGUUUGAAGAAUGCAUCGGCACAAUCAUGGUCAUUCAAAUCGGUUGCGACCAUAUUGAAUACAGGAACAGUUGAACUUGAAGCUUGGAAAAUAUUUAUUGGGUUUCAACAUCGUGAGAUUUUAGUCAGUGCUAGUGGAGCAGUUUUGAUGGACAGCAAGGAUUUCCCUGCCGAUGUUAGUAAUGGCACUUAUUUUUCAGGAUCUUCUUCACCAGUUUUGAAAACAGCCAUAGACACAGCUGGAGAUCUUAAUCAGAUUCAGGCGCAAAUUGAAAUGCUUGGUACUCAGUUUGGUGUAAAACCACCUGGGGUACCUUUGCCUAAAACGAUAAAACUCAUUACUCCUGGAUACACAUGCCCAGAACUGAAGAAACUUAAGACAUCAAUAUAUGUAUGCUGCGUUAAGGAUAAGAAGUACAAAGCAAAGGAUAUAAAAACGAAGUUUAUCCCACGCCAGAAAGGGGAUCUUUCAAUCACAUGGGAUGUCACUCAAGCGUACGAGAGUAGUUAUCUUGCUCUUGUGACAAUGGAAAACAAUAAUCCAUUAGGUCGUCUUGAUCAUUGGAACCUGACUUGGGAGUGGAUGAGAGGGGAAUUUAUAUACUCAAUGAAAGGAGCUUAUACUCGUAUAAUAGAUUACUCAGAUUGCAUAUAUGGUGCUGCUGGAAAAUACUAUGGCAGUUUGGAUUUCUCCAAGGUCAUGAAUUGUCAGAAGAAGCCAAUCAUUAGCGACUUGCCUCCGGUGAGAGCAAACGAUACGGAAAUUGGGAAGAUACCAAAUUGCUGCAGAAAUGGAACAUUAUUACCAAAAUUCAUGGAUCCAAGCCAAUCAAAAGCAGCUUUUCAAUUGCAAGUGUAUAAAUUGCCACCUGAUAUGAAUAGAACGGCUCUUUACCCUCCUCAGAAAUGGAACAUAGUUGGUGUUCUAAAUCCUGAAUAUAAAUGUGGAGCUCCAAUCAGAGUUAGUCCAACAGCAUUUCCGGACCCUAGUGGACUUCAGUCUUCUAUCAUGGCAAUUGCAACUUGGCAAGUAGUUUGCAACAUCACCAAGCCAAAAACAAGGAGUCCUAAAUGCUGCGUAUCCUUCUCUGCAUACUACAAUGACUCUGUCAUACCUUGCAAUACAUGUGCUUGUGGCUGUCAAGAUACGACAAAUUGUGAUCCAGAUGCCCCGGCAAUGUUUCUACCAUCAGAAGCACUUCUUGUUCCCUUCGCAAACAGGUCAACAAAGGCUGUAGCUUGGGCGAGAUUAAAGCAUUUUAAAAUCCCUAAGCCCCUGCCUUGUAGUGAUAAUUGUGGGGUGAGCAUAAAUUGGCACAUCUCCACUGACUACAAGAAUGGAUGGUCAGCUCGAAUCACUCUUUUCAACUGGCAAGAUUUCAGUUUUGAGAAUUGGUUCACUGCAAUUCAACUGAAAAGAGCUUCUCGCAGUUACGAGAAGGCCUAUUCCUUUAAUGGAACGCUGCUUCGAGAGCAUAACAAUACAAUAUUCUUACAAGGGUUAGUAGGUUUAAAUUACUUAGUUGGAGAAAUAAAUGGAACACAUCCGAGAACUGAUCCUCGAGUGCCUGGAAAGCAACAGACUGUCAUUUCUUUUACGAAGAAGUUUUCUCCUGGAAUCAAUAUAGCAAAAGGAGAUGGAUUCCCUUCAAGGGUCUUGUUCAAUGGAGAAGAGUGCACACUUCCUAAACGAAUCCCUAUAGCAAACGGGAACAAUUGUAAUGUAGAUCUUGUACAGUUAGUUUUCCCUGUUUUUGUGGCUUUUGUGCUGAUGGGAUGGAUAAAUUUACCACUGACAAUUUUCUAGGAGUUCUUGUAGCAUUGCUUGCUUUCUUCUGUAAAUAUAUGCAUUAGAGCUUAGGAGACUUUCUACUCA